AUGCACAUCCACCAAGCUAUCAGUUUCAGAGGCGAUGCGGGCGUUGAGGUGUUGAUCGAGGCAACGCACAUCCAGGAAACUUUACCGGACCAUGUAAUAGCGAGAUUCACCUACUCGGCUGCUCUUGGCGGAGACAACCCCGAGCUGACACUUGUGUCUGAAGGCUUGCUGAAGAUCUCCUUCGGAGAGCCUUCGACGAGCUUGUUUCCAGAGCGUCAAGAGACGCCAAUAGACAUGGUACCCGUCGAACAUAGUCGUCUGUACAACCACAUGGACAGCCUUGGGUACAAUUUCACUGGCCCGUUCCGCUCCUUGAUGGACAACAAGCGGAAGCUUGGCAGGGCAGCUUGUGUCACACAGAGAGCCAACGCAUCUGACCGCGAUGCAGUGCUGGUUCAUGCCGUUGAUCUUGAUGCCAUGUUCCAGGCCAUCAGUCUUGCAUACAGCUACCCGGGAGAUGGCCGGCUGCGGAAUCUGCACCUGCCCACGACCAUUUCCAAAAUUCGCGUGAACCAGGCUGUUUUUGAGUCUGCCGAGGACCGCGACACCAUGGUUAUGGAUUCGAUAUUGAAUCCUGAGAACACCGAAAAACCCGGGUCCAGAUUCACGGGGAACACUGAUGUGUACCUUACUGGCUGUUCGAAUGCUGCCGUUCAGGUAGACCAGGUGAUUUUCAAGGUUCUCAGAGGGGAUGCGAAUGAUGACCGUAAGAUAUUUUGUACGAUGGAUUACGUGCUCAGUGCACCCGAUGGUCAUGUCGCCGCGAGUGAUAUUCAGAUCACUGAUGACGAGAUGAAUCUUCUAUGGGCACUCAGUCGGAUAGUUCAUUUCUACACAAAGACAUUCGACGAAAUGGUACCGGCCGACUCACCCGCGAGGCUCGAAUCUCUAUUACGCCACUACCUCAGAUUUUGUCGACAUGUAGAUACUCUGUUUGAGCAAGGCAAGUUGAGCUUCAAUCUCAUGCGUGAUGUGAGGAAGCCAUUCAGCUUGGACGGUCACAUGGUGCCGCCUGGUGCCAUGUUACACGUGCCCACGCUAGUAGCCCAUUACGACGAAGAUGCCUGGGGGGUGAAGGGACAUGCCGCUUCUGAGUUCUGGGGUUACCGUCAUAUCAGGUACACUUAUGAGAAGAAGUUCGAGGUCUCUGGUGUGAACACAAAGCCGAAAGGCCAGUUAUCUCUAUCGGGACGUGGCGGGACACACAUUUGUCCGGGGCGCUUCUAUGCAAAGAAGCAGAUUAUGUUGACAAUUGCGAGCUUCGUUUCGGAAUUUGACAUGGAAUUUGUCCGAUGGACAAAAUUUGAUGGAUCGAAUUCUGAUCGAGCGCCGAAAAACGAGACGGCCGCCUGUGGUACUGGAGGUAUGCCCCCAGACCGUGACACGGAGAUCAAAAUCAAAAGGAGAUUAAAGGAUUAAGAAUGAUUAUUGUUGACGCAUCAAAAGUGAGAUUGCCAAGUUUCAAAUUAAAUGAGGGUUUGUUUAUACUAGU